GAUACAAAUCUCUUUUUGAUAUGUCUGAAUAAAGAUUAUUUUCCAAAAAAAAAAAGUCCAGCUCUCCUCUAUCCGUAUCAUCAGUUUUCUUCGUCUUCUCUCUGUCCUGCAAGAUCAUAUUUUUUUUUUCUUUUCUAAACACUGUUUCUGAUCUAAAGACAAAAGUCUGAAGCUUGGUUUCGUAAGAUAAAAGGGUUAUCUCAGUUUGGUUGUAAAGUAGAUUACUUUUGGGGUUAUAUCGAUUCUUUGAUUCAUUUUAUCAAUUCGAUCGGAGAUUAAAGGUUACUUAGAGCACACAAGUUCUUCAUUGAAUUGAAUUGGGGUUUUAGAUACACAGAUUAAACGAAAAAGGUUACUUUUUUGAUUGGAGAUUAUGGAUCGAGUGGUUGGUGGCAAGUUCAAGCUUGGUCGAAAGCUUGGAAGUGGAUCCUUUGGUGAAAUCUUUCUAGGGGUGAAUGUACAAAGUGGAGAAGAAGUUGCUGUUAAGCUCGAACCUCUUAGAAGUAGGCAUCCUCAGCUUCAUUACGAGUCAAAGAUUUAUAUGUUUCUCCAAGGAGGAUCUGGUAUACCUCACCUUAAAUGGUUUGGGGUUGAGGGUGAAUACAACUGUAUGGUGAUCGACCUUCUUGGUCCUAGUCUCGAGGAGUUUUUCAACUACUGCAGCCGAUCUUUCUCUCUAAAGACCGUUCUAAUGCUCGCUGAUCAGAUGAUAAACAGAGUGGAGUAUAUGCAUGUGAGAGGCUUUCUUCAUCGUGAUAUUAAGCCAGAUAACUUUUUGAUGGGUGUUCGCCGCAAAGCAAACCAAGUUUACAUCAUUGACUAUGGCCUAGCGAAGAAGUAUAGAGAUCUUCAAACACACAAACAUAUUCCUUACAGAGAAAACAAGAAUCUUACAGGAACAGCUCGAUAUGCAAGUGUUAACACCCAUCUUGGAAUUGAGCAAAGCAGGAGGGAUGAUCUAGAGUCUCUUGGCUAUAUGCUUAUGUAUUUUCUUCGAGGAAGCCUUCCUUGGCAAGGCCUUCGUGCAGGAACCAAAAAGGAAAAGUAUGACAGGAUUAGUGAAAAGAAAAGACUUACACCAGUCGAGGUCCUCUGUAAAAACUAUCCACCUGAGUUCACGUCGUAUUUCCUCUACGUGCGUUCAUUACGGUUUGAAGACAAACCAGAUUAUUCCUACUUGAAGAGGCUUUUCCGAGACCUAUUCAUCCGAGAAGGUUAUCAGUUCGACUAUGUAUUUGAUUGGACUAUCUUGAAGUAUCCGCAGUUCGGUUCCAGCUCCAGCUCCAGUUCCUCUUCCAAGCCAAGACCGAGCCUAAGACCAGCUCUGAAAAUUCCACCACCAUCUGCUGAGAAAGCCGUUAAGCCUUCAAGUAAGCCUUCAACUGGGAAAGAGACUCGUGAUAGAUACUCGAGUGUUUUCGAGGCGUACACCAGAAGAACUGGCUCAGGAAGCGGCCUUCAAGUUGAUCGGUCUAGUAGACCAAGAACCUCAGAGAAUGUUCUUGCGUCUAGAGAAACGCUGAACCAGGAGAGACCAAUCACUUCAUCAUCAUCUAGGAACCAGAGUUCUUCGAGAAAAGCAGUUGCUGGGUCAAGUGUUCGUGCUACUUCUUCUGCUGAUUUCGCAGAGAACCGAACCAGCAGCAGCAGACUCGUCCCAAGCAAUGCUCGGUCCUCCACAACUCAGAGGACACAGUUUGUGCCUUCUUCCUCCUCAAAGGCUGCACCACCAUCGAGAAUUCCUCCUGACGUUACACUCGAGUUCCUCACUCUUGGGAACGGGAAGAGGAAGUGAUGGAUGAUAUAAAUUAUUUAUCCAUCUUUGUUUGACGAGUUAUAUUACUACCUGUUAUUCUCGAACAUGUUUUAUUAGAGCCGUAUAAACAACAACCCACUCAAUAAUCAUCAUACACAAAAGUUGGAAAUAUUUAUACCUUAUAUUA